AUGGAUUUCAAUGAACAGGUAUUAGAAAGAGAUGCACAACGUUAUGUCGUGUUGGUCUUAAAUUUUUUCAUCACAUUUUUACAAACUUUGAUACCUCUAGUGAUAAAAUUUAGUUCCAGUUACCCAAGGUUGUUCUUAUAUUCGACUAUAGUGGUCAUGCUAUACAUAACUUGGUCCUUUUUGACAAAUUUGGCUAAACUGAUUAAAAGGUUGUUUUAUCUAUACAUAAUUCUGUUUGUCAUCACCAUUCAUCUUCGUGGAUGGGAACAAUUUUUUAUUUAUGAUCUACCAUUGGUCUAUAGUCAAUGCAGGGACGGACUUUACUUGUUUUCACAAUCGGAUGAAUAUAACUUAUUGAAAUCUCAUACUCAGUAUUUGGGCAAGCAGAUUUAUAAUCGUUUAUUCCAAUAA